GGAUAAACUUUUCAAAGACCAUGUGUGAAAGAUGUGCCAUGAAAGGAUGUCAUCUGGUCAAGCCCGACUGACAAAAGUUGGAAAUCUGAUGAAGCCUGACAUAGAAUUGAUAGCACACUGUGUUUGUGAUGCAUGGGAAGACAUUCCAGAGGACAUGGUGCAAUGUGCCUUCCAGAAAUGUGGCAUUAAUAAUGCCAUGGAUGGCAGUGAAGAUUUGUAUGAGAACGACAGCAGUGAUGGUGAUGACUGUGAACUCAGUGAUGAUGACAACUUCUAUGCUGAUAACUUCACACAAGCUAAUGUUGAAGCUCAGUUUCGACAUACAGAUGAUGACGAGGAAUCCAGUUUUGAAGGAUCUGAUUCAGAUCCUGAGGCACAGUAAAGACCAGACGUCUCAGAGCUAGUGUCCAGCACAUCUGGAGGCUUCAAGCCUAAUCUACAGCCACAUGCCAAUAUUGGUGAAGUAAUGGAGCUUGACAAAGUGAUGGAUCUUGAAGUUGCCAGAUCAGUUGAUGCUGAUUCAUCUAUAGAUCAAGCAGAACAAUCUGAAUCUAAAGAAGAUGAAAAUGAGUCAGAUCAGAAGGGCCUGAUAUUUUAUCACACUGAUCUGUAUGAUUCACAUGACAGAUUAGAAACAAUUCCUGAAACUGGAAAAGAGGAGCAAGUACAAGAACAGAGAGAUGAACACAAAGAUGAGCAUAUGGCUGCUGCAGACCAGACACGGUUGGAUUUACAGAAAGAAGUAUAUACAUUGGCAAAACUUUAUGGAUUGUCUGAGGAUAAAUAUUCUGAAGAAUAUUCAUUCUUAACAGAACCUUAUAACCAAAUGCCUACGAAACUGAAUGUUCAUUAUCCAGUGCAAACCAUUCCAGUUCCAAACUUAAAGGCAGAGAACCAAGAGACCCAAUCUGAACAAGGAAGUGAACAUCCUAAUGUUAUGGCUGAUGUUCUUCAUACAGACAAAAAGGCUCAAAAAGAGGGUGUCAAAGAAGAAAUCAGAACUUCUCCAGAUACAUCUAGUCAAAGUAAGGAUGAGAAACUGCUGCACCAAGAAAAUGCAACUACUGCCCCUUCAGAUGACAGUUCUGAACAUACAGAUGCCAAACAAGAACAACUUCCAGUUGACAUCUGUGCAGAUCCUAGUUUACAGGUUAACACAGCUGAAGGAACAGAGGUCUCACACAUCGAUUCAAGUAAUCCGGUCAAUGAAGACAGAGAAGAGGCUCCAGAUGUUUUCUGUCUUGUAUGCAAAACACCUAUUAGAGCCUUUGAGAAGUCAUUUGGUACACACAAGGAUCAUGAUGUGAAAGACAUAAGUGCUGCUGUAGAAGACAUCAAGGAAGAAAUACAUAAAAAUAUGUGCAAACUGGAAGAGCAGAUGACACAGAUGGAGAAUUUUGCAGGACACCUUGAGGAGAUGUAUACCACAAUAGAGGAGAUUUCUGGGAAGCAGGAGCAAAAUCUUGAGAUGCAUUACACAGAAGUGAUGGACACUAUUGCGUCGAAGCUUGAAGAAAAAAUGCAAGCUCUUGGGGAAGAGAAAAGACUUAAACUGGAGUCCUUAUUUGGGCAGUUAGUGGACUGUGGGAAAAGUCUUGACACCUCUAAAGAUUUAAUGGAGACAAUACAGCAGUUAUUCAAGCAAAAUGACAGAGUGGAAUUUGUGAAGAAUGCACUUCAUACAACCAACAGAUUGCAACAAUACUUUAAUAUUGACAUCAACUUAAAUAUUUCAACAAAUGCAGAAUUCCAAAACAUGAAUUCAGAAUUCCCUGAUAUGGAACAGGUUCUGGAUUCCCUCAAUACUUUUCCAGUUCCCUCAGCUCCAGUUAUCAACCCUCAGACACCCAAUUCUGCCACAGUGACAUCUCUUCGUGUGUGCUGGAGCCUGUUUUCUGAUGACACGGUGGAGCGUUACCACCUCUACUAUAAACCAGUCUCUGAUGUAACACCAGUAGAGAAACAGGAAGAAUUUAUGAUCAGAGCCAAAGAAACAUACUGCACCGUAACCAACCUGCUGCCAAACACACAGUAUGAAUUCUGGGUUAUUGCAAUUAAUGCCACUGGUGAGAGCCCUGCGAGUGAAAGUGCUGUGUACGUGACAGCUCCAGCCCCUCCUAUCGUUAAAACCAGGGACUGCUUGAGCUGUGAGAACGCUGUUUUAGUCUGUUGGGAAUCUGGGAACAUUAACCCUGUUGAAUCGUACAACGUGGAAAUAUUCAGAGUGACGACAGAGACACAAGAUAAUCUGGUCACUGAGUCUAUUGUUGGGAUUCCCAUCUGUGAAUCUCUCAUCCAGCUGAAGCCUCAUGAGACUUAUCACAUCAGCGUCAGAGCUGUGAAUGUUGGUGGCCCUAGUGAGAGCAGCAAAUCUGUUUCCCUUCGCACCACAGGUUCAUUUUUUUAUCUUAAUGAAGAAACAGCUCAUCCACUCCUGUCUAUUUCUGAUAAUGGAUUUACCAUUUCUUGUGAAGAGGAGGAAAGUCUAGAGGACUUACCUUAUGAUAGCAACAAAUUCUCAAGGUGCAUUGCUAUCAUAGCAAAUCUUCUCCCCUUUAAGGGAAAGCAUUACUGGGAGGUAGAGGUUGAUGAACACACAGAGUACCGGGUUGGAGUAGCUUAUGAAGAUAUAAACAGGAGUGCAGUCUUUGGAGCUAACAACAGCUCCUGGUGUCUCCGACAUAUUCAAACGCCCACAAGACACAGAUAUGAAUUUUUGCACUGCGGCGUGGCUCCAGAUAUUCGGGUGUCUGUACCAAUACAAAGGAUUGGAAUCCUACUUGAUUAUGAUUGUGAAAGAUUAUCAUUUUUUAACAUGGACCUUCUCCAGCACUUGUACACAUUUCAAUGCCAUUUCCGCCAUCUUGUGCACCCAUGUUUUGCACUGGAAAAACCAGGACGUCUGAAGAUACAUAAUAGAAUUCCAAUACCUCAAUCACUCAAUUUGCCCUGAGAAAAUGAAACACCCUCAAAUGAACUGUCAAAUGGGAGAUAGUCCUUAUCUGCUUUGCUGUAAAAUACUCCAAUAAAAUAGA